AUGCUGAAGAUCAACCGCUGCUACGAGAAAGAUAUUCAGCAAAGAUGCGCUAAGGCCAUUUCCGCAUUCAACUCCAACGAAAUGCCUGUGGUGGCCCCCAUCACCAAAGAACUCAAGCUGCGGGUCUACCUAUCCGCAAUUCGCCCUACCAUGAUGUACGGAUCGGAGACUUGGGCAGCACCGUCUACGGUGAUGGAGAGGCUUCAUUGCACGGAAAGGAAGCUGCUUAGACGGCUGCAUGGAGUUUGUCGGAUUCAAGCUGGAAGAGGCCAGCUGGCCACAAACGGAAGUUCUGGACUGAGGAUAUGGAAUAACGAUGAAUGGAUCGAUUUCGUGCAAGCUCUCACAGAAGAUCGAGAAGGUUGGGCAGAGCUAUGUUCAAGGACGAUACACCUCGGCGAAGAUGAGGGUAAUCGCGUCAGCCGUGACAUCAGCCCACCGAUUAAGUCAGCCGAACGUUUGAAGCACUUGAAGUUGCGAAGUGUUCUCUAG